CAGGAGUAUAAGGCUGUCAUUCCUUUCGUAAAGCGUCAUACAGGCGGCGGUACGCGAAGGAUCAACCUGGUUGUGUGAAGGGCUCGCUUACGCGCCUGUUUGCAUUCUAUCUUUCCUCCUCCCAUUGCCGCGGUUCUACUUGGAUCUGCAAACAUGCUGUCAACAGCUCCCAAGACAUCAACGGCCGCUGGCCGUGCGGGCCAGCAUGUCAAGCCCAAGGGCCUGUACUCUGCUGCGCCUCGCGACAAUGCGCCACCACGCCACGUGUGCCGCAGUGCGGCUCCAAGCACGCCGCAACAGUCUAGCAACAAUGCAAGGGACCGCGAUUCCGUUGUCUGCAACUUUAUUGCCAGCAAGACCGAUGCUUCAAUGGCAUCAACGGCCAAGUUGCUUUCGCGUCGUGGCUGGGCUGUGGCGGAGGCUAAGUCCAAGCUGAAGCCAUGGAGCUACACUGUUGGGGAGCUCGGACCGGGAGAAGUCGACAUCCGUGUGACCCAUAACGGUCUUUGCCACACCGAUCUUCAUAUGAGGGAUAACGACUGGGGCGUCAGCGGCUUUCCCUUCAUCCCCGGUCACGAGGUGGUUGGCGAGGUGGUUGCGGUUGGAUCCGGCGUCAAGGGUCUGCGUCCCGGUGACCGCGCGGGCGUGGGCUGGAUCAGCGACUCCUGCCGCGUGUGCGCCAACUGCAAGCGCGGUAACGAGAACAUCUGCGAGAAGGGCUACACGGGACUCAUCGUAGCAGGCAACCACGGCGGCUUCCAGGACGUGAUCCGCGUGUCAGCCGACUUCGCCUACACCCUCCCACCCGGUCUGGACUCCGCAGCGGCGGCGCCGCUGUUGUGUGCCGGUAUCACCGUGUAUGCGCCGCUGAGGGCUCACAUCCAUCACCCCAACACCCAUGUUGGGGUGCUGGGAGUGGGCGGUCUGGGGCACCUGGCGCUGCAGUUCGCUCGCAAGAUGGGGGCGGAGGUGACGGCCAUUUCGGGCAGGGGGGACAAGGAGGAGGAGUCCAAGGGCAUGGGUGCGCAUCACUUCGCGGUGUGGGGCCGCGACAAUGAGAAGUUCAAGGGCAAGUUCGACAUCCUGAUCAACACCAGCAGCGGGGACGUGUCCACCGCCGCCCUCAUGAGCCUGCUCAAGGUGGACGGAGCGCUGGUGCAGGUUGGCAUCCCCGGCGGCGGUGCGGUGAUGCAUGUUCCGCUGCAGGACCUGGUGUUUGGACAGAAGCGGGUGGUGGGCAGCAUCGUGGGGGGGCGGGCGGACAUGCAGGAGAUGUUGGACUUCGCGGCGGUGCACGGUAUCGCCCCCCUCGUGGAGCUGUGGCCGCUGUCAAAGGUCAACGAGGCCAUGCAGCACGUGGCGGACGGCAAGGCCAGGUACCGAGUGGUGCUCACCUCGGACUGGGAGUGAGGGGGGAGGGGGAGGGGUGGGAGGGCAGCAUUGAAUUGGAGGUUUAGGGAUGUUGAGGAGGGGGUCCCCAGUCGGGCGUGCUGCGUGCUGCGUGCUGCGUGCGGCAGCGAGGUAAACAGAUUCCCUUCGGGUGAUUCUUUUCUUAGCUUGGCUUGGCUGAGCUUGGCGUAGGUUGACGCACGUGCGAAGCGACACGCACACGCAGCGAUGAGCGUCUUUGUGCUGCUCAAGAGGACGAAGGAGAAGAAAAAAGAUGGACAGCGUGCGUUCGCCCGCUCGCAUGCGCGUGCUGUUAGCGUGCGUGGAGACUAGUCUAUGAACAGGAAUGCUGUAUUUUGCUUGCUUGUUUUGUUGCGUAGAUUGUCAGGGAGAAGGGGCAGUUGGUUCGUGCGGCAUUCGCAGCCCGACUUGCAUCCGAACCAAGCUCCUGUCUGUCUGUCUGCUGCCCUGUUUCCCAGGAACGGGGGACAGAGGGAGGGAGGGAGGAAGAAACAGAGCCAGCAUGCACAUGCAAAUGCGAUGCGUAUAUGGAGAGGGGAUAUAGAGCGAAGUACAUGAUGAAUUCUUUUUCAGAUCCUUGUUAAUGAUGCGUCGCCUUGUUUGAAGUCUGAUGGCCUCUGGAGAAUGGUCUGCCUCGCGGUGUGCUGCUGCUGCUGCUACGGGCGUGUGAGUAGGUUGUACGACACACCAGGUGCUAUAGGAAAUAAGUAAGAUAGGAUUAGUAUGACAGGGGGUAGGCGGUGAAAUAAAGUAAUAUCAUUUUGUACGGCAUGUACGGUGGCAAUUUGGCCGUACAUAAUUUCUUCAAGUAGUGUUGUAGUGGCGUGCAUGCAUGUGCUUAAAAUUACACAUGUGUGCGUGUUUAUGUUGAGCCGCGUUUCGGGUUGCUGAGCACGGGGGUACAUGUGCGUUUGCGCAGUCCGUUGGUUAAGGCGUGUUAUGGGACACCGGGAUGUGGUUUGCGUGGUUUAAGGCAUGAGCGAGGACGGAUAGGCUGGAUACCGAUAC